CGCCGCUCCUCAGUUUUCCAUUUUUGGACGGCGCUUUUAGGUUUUUCAUAGAGAACGGGUGACAUCCUUUUGCUUCCACUGUUCCCCGGAAUCGAUAACAAGAAACGUAAAGGAAUCAGCUUUCCAAUCACAUUCAUGGAGGACCCAUACCAGGACAGAUCCAUGCCCAAAGAGCCAUCGGCUGGCAGUGGCAACAGAGCAAAGGAAGAAUCUGAUGACUUUCACGAUGACCUCGAUUCCUUCAACCUCGCACAAAAAGACUUCUACGCUGUCUUGAAUGUCUCAAAAACGGCAUCCGAAGAGGAGAUCAAGGAGGCGUAUAAACGGAUGAGCCGAGUAUUUCAUCCUGACAAGCACACGGAUGCGAUUCUGAAGGAUGCUGCAGAGACCAAAUUUCAGGUCCUGACCAGGGCUUUCGAAGUAUUGAGCAAUCAGCAGUCGAGAGCGAUCUAUGACCAGUACGGCGAGGAAGGACUGAGCAGCAAAUGGGAAGUCGGACACAGGGUGAAGACCCAGCAGGAGCUCCAGGACGAGUAUGAACGUCUUGCGAGGGAGAAGCAGCAGAUGGAGCUGGAGAAUCUGGUCCGAUCCAGGAAUGAUAUCAUCGUCAAUAUCGACGCCAGCAGGGUCUUUGAACAUUACCAGACACUAACGCCAUAUGGAGUGAAAGUCAAGAAGAGUCGUAUUGAGAGUAUCACGAACUCCCUUGGAAGAACCGAGGUCGGGCAGCUCUACAUGAAGAACUCGUUCCAGACUCAAUUCGGACCAAGGACACAGGUGGUUAUUGGAGGAAACAUGUCCUCGCACUCGGGGAUAGGCAGCGGUCGCAUCAUGGGCACUGUGCGACAUACAUUUUCUAAUAAGCUGUCCAUGGAGUUCGGUUCAUCGUUGUUGAGCCCCGGCGCCAGCGUCAUCAAGGGCCAAUACAACAUUGACCAGCAAACCUAUGUUUCCGGCACAGUAUUCACGCGUAAUUUCCAAGGCCCGACUCCUCUGGUCAUGACAUUCGGAAGGAGGAUCACUAAAGGUGCUACAGGAUACCUAACCUAUCGCACAGGCGAGUGGGCUCUAGGACCGUGGGGACCGCUUGCUGAGGAUCGUCAGGAUUUUUCGUCGAUGGCCUUAGGAAUAACCUCCGUCGAUACGAAGGAUAGCUACCAGAUGGAAUUCCAGGCGGGUGUGUUGCAAUCGCAUCUAUUGGCAGAUCGUACGUGGAAAUUGGAUGAUGUGACGAGGAUCCGAGUUGGAGCAAGACUGUCGAACCUGGCGGGUUUGAGUGCAAGCAUAGGAGGGGAUCGCAGGGUGACGCAGUACACGAAGUUGGGACUCGCUGUGGAGAUCGCAUUUUCUGGCGGUAUCGCCUUUAAUCUGAAGGUGGCACGUUUAGGACAGAGUGUGACAGUUCCGAUCUUGCUGUCGUCCGAGUUUAACCCCAGACUUGCGUUUUGGGCGGCCGUGGCUCCGGUCUGUGCGCUUGCAGUACUGGAUCUGGGAUACAUCAAGCCCAAGAGAAGAAGAGAGCGGCGGGAGAAGUUGCAGGAGUUGCGUAGGAUUCAUGCGGAAUUUAUUGCGAACGAAAAAAAGGAAGCUGAGGAAGCUACCAGUUUGCUCCGCGAGUCGACUGCACGCAAGACGAAACAGGAGCAGGAUAAGGACGGCCUGUUGAUUGUGGAAGCCGUUUACGGAAAUUUGAACGCGGGAUUGGUUGCGGAUGUGACGGUCGCAGUGCAGACACUGGUGAACAAUUCGCAGCUGACCAUGCCUGGCGGGCAUUCCAAGAAUCAUAUUCUUGGAUUCUACGAUCCAUGUCUGGGAGAGAAGAAGCAGCUAAAGAUCAGAUACGAGUUCCAGAAGAAAAUGCACGAGGUCACUGUUGCCGAUAUGGAUCACGUCGCACUUCCUGUUCGAUCGCACCUUGUUAGCUCAUAGAAUAAAAAAAAGGGAAUAGACUGUAAUGGAGAGAGCCACAGUAACGUAGUUUAAUGACUCUAUAAUAAACGAUACAAUCCGCAAUAGAC